AUGGACUUCGAUUUUAUCGACGGAUUACUCGGAGAAAGUGACUCUAUUAGUGACGAGAGGAUCGUUAUCUCGGAGGACGGGAACGAUAACAUGGAUACUCGUCAAGUGAUUGUGUGUGAUGACACUAAUUCUGACCGUGAUAACGAUUCCACAACGACCGAAACAGACGAUAACAACAAUCGCGCUGUGACGAAGACUACAAUUUGCCUCGUAAUGAACCGGACCGUGAGACGGGACCCUUGCGGGACAGAGGAAAUUACACGCGACUCGCAGAUUGUGUAUUCUGAAGAUGUGAACCCCGAAGACAUUGACUUUGAAUCAGUAGCUUCAGACAUUUUAAGUGAAGUACCCAAACAUUUCACUGAUCAGCAUGUACAUGUGAGACUUGUAAAGGGAAAUUUGUGA